AUGAGCUGCUUCACGUUUGUGAGACUCAUGAUGCUUCUGUUCAACACGUUCAUUUGUCUGGGCGGGGUGACGUUGUUGGGGAUGGGCAUCUGGGUCUCUGUGGACGGGGUCUGGUUCCUGCAGGCGUUGGGUCCGUUCUCUGGUGGACCUCAGUUGGACGUGGGGUUCUUCUGUGCGGCGGUGGGAGCGGUGCUCGUUCUCCUGGGGCUCCUGGGGGCGUGCGGAGCUCACGGACACAGCAAGAGUCUGCUGCUCCUGUUCUUCUGUGUGGUCCUCAUCAUCUUCAUCGCUGAAGUGGCGGCGGCGCUCGUGGUUCUGUUCUUCUCUUCCUUCGCCGAGAGGAUCGUCCUCGACUGGACCUCAAAGACUCUGCAGGAGAAAUAUGGACCUGACCUCCUCCUCACCAGGGUCUGGAACAGCACCAUGAACCAGUUGUCGUGCUGUGGCUUCAUAAACUACACUGACUUCGAGGGGUCAAAGUUCGUGGCGAUGACCCGGGGUCACUUCCCUCAGAGCUGCUGCUGGACACAGAGCGCCCCCUGCAGCGCGGAGGAGGCGCAGCGCAGCAAAGUGCAGGGCUGUUUCAGACAAAUCCUCCAGUCUCUGACAGAACAAGCGAACGCCGUGGGAGGAACCGCCGCCGGAGUCGGAGUUCUGGAGAUGGCAGCGAUGGUGGUGUCCAUGUACUUGUACUGUCACCUGGACAAGAUGAACACCUGA